AUUGGCUGGUACAGUAUUAAGGUGCAAUUUAUCACUCUCCAAGGUUUGAUAAAUCUGGGCCUCAGCCAUUAAAGGAAAUGACACCUGAUGACAGGUGUCUGGACCUACUAUCUUUUAGUACCAGUCACCAGUGAUCAGUCGGGAGCCAGUCAAUUGACCGCCGGGAUCUCCGACCGCCGGGAUCUCAUACUGUUUCACCCUGGAUAUACAGCCAAGUUGGUGGAGUAUGUCGGCAAGCCGUACUGGGUACCAGUCGUAGAACGCCACAGGGAUAAAACAUUUUGAACGUUACACCCAUCCAUACCUCCUAACAUUGGGAUACAUAUAGAAAGGGGUGUGGCCACGUCAUGAUGAGAGCAAAACGGCAUGCCUACCAUUUAUAAAGCACUAGACAGCCCUCUCCCAUUAAAAGACCCAUUUAUUGCUAUACCAGCAGCAAUCACCCACUUACCCAUCACCAUGAAUGGAAAUAUAUCUAUCAACAUUCUGGUUUGGGGGACAUUACUGUCCAGGUCAAAUCAGGACUAUCUUGCUUGAAUCUAGACAGCAAGAACAAGAAGCUGAUUAAAGGCCCAGAUGCCGAGCCCCCAAAACAAGGCCGCUCCAGCUCCAGAGAGUGGGGCCCAGCUAGAUGGGAAAGGAAAAGGGCAAAGCGGUCACUGGAAUCUCAGAGCUGCAGGAGGUCCGCAGUUACACCAGCAGCACCAGAGUCCUUACAUCGUGGUGAAUUCUCCGGCCGCUAUCUGCCCCUCUCCUUACCUGCGGGCGCUGCUUCAUGAAAACAAACAGGCGGUUGUCAUCCAUCCAAUACCUAGAGACUCUGCCUCUCAGUCUUCUGCCCUCCACCUGGUGCCCUCUACUGCAUCAUCAUCAUCUUCAUCAUCAUCUAUACUGAAUAUGCAUCCAACGCGUUUGUUCCCAAUAAUGAGCAAACACAAGCAACAGCAGCCUGUGGCCCCAGGUUUCACUCAUGCCAGCCUGGGCUGGGUCCAACAUGCAGUACACUUUGGAAAAGCUGAAGAGGAUGCAGCCAGUAAGAAGAGUUCUGAAUCUGCAUAUGUACAAGAGCAGCCCCCAACCACCGAGAAGUCCCAAAAUAAGUCCUCCAGCAAUGGCCGGGACAAGGACAGCACCGACCUCCUCCACUCUGUACACUGUGGCAGUGCCUGUAAGUUUCCGCGGUGCGAGAAGACUUUUCCAGAUCACCGAUAUUUCCUCAGGCCCAUGUACAGUAACCAACACCUGGAUGAUAAAAGCACAGUUCAAUGCCUUAUCCAGACAGAGGUGGUGCACAGUUUAGAAGAGCAGCUUGCCGUAGAGAAAUACAGACUGCAUGAGAUGCAAAGCUUGAUGACGGGAAAACUCGGCACAGUCCAUAAUCCUAAGCAGAGAGAGCGUAGCCUCGUUCUACAACAGUCCCAUCAUCCCGGAGUCUCUGCUUUGCCGGGCCUCGACCUUUCCGCCCCUCUGCCGAAAGAAUUCCCCGAUACCGUCCUGGCCCUGAGAAGACACCUCUGGGAGGGCAGCAGCAGCAACAUAUAUGAUAACAGAACAAACUGCAUAGAAUAUUACAAGACAAACAAUGUUAGACCACCACUUACCUACGCUUCCCUCAUCCGAUGGGCAAUUCUGGAGUCACCACAGAAACAGCUGGCGUUGAAUGAAAUUUAUCACUGGUUUACCAAAAUGUUUGCUUUCUUUAGACUCAACAAAGUCACUUGGAAGAACGCCGUGCGACACAACCUGAGCCUCCACAAAUGCUUUGUGCGAGUGGAGAACAUGAGGGGGGCGGUGUGGAUGGUGGACGAGCUGGAAUUCCAGCGGAAGAGGGGAUUGCGCGGUUCCCGUUAAGCAGCCUGUCUUUCCAUUCAUGUACACGGGUCUUCCUUAUAUAAACUGUUGGGGUGUAAAUCCCAGUCUGGCAAUAAAAUAUAAUGUGACUG